AUGAAGCAGUCGUUCGCACGAAUUUGUAUUAUUUUAUCACUCAUUCUCAGUUUGAUAUCAUUCAUAUUGAGUUUGAUUGCAUUUCAUUUACCAAAUUGGAAAUAUAUUCAAUUAAGUUCAACAUUUACUCCAUUAAUAUUAUCAGAUAAUAAUCCAAUGGAUCCAUUAAUUCGUGGUGAAGUUGAUAAAUACAUUGAUAUACUUUAUCAUCGAGGUAAUUUUAAUUUGAAAAAUAAAACAAAAAAAGAAACAAGAAUUAUAUUUUCUAUCUUAGGUGAAACUCAUUCAUUUGGUUUAUUAACUCAUUGUAUUACUGGUGAUGCAUGUGGACGAAAUCAUCUGCCAUCAUUUCAAGAAACAAAUUAUGGUUUAUGUCAUAAUAUAAAUUAUCAUCGUCAAUGUAUAUUUUUAAAUGUAUUAUUAACAAAUAAUGAAAAUAAUCAUGAUAUAAAAUGUACAUGUCAACAACCGUCCUAUGUGAAAAUAAUUCAUAAAUUAUUAAUAUUUUUGAUUAUUCUCGAAGUUGUAUUUAUAUUUGUUAAUAUUCUUCGUUUAUGUCGUCGUUAUUGUAUCAAACAUUGUUUAAAUGAUAUUCAACUUCGUCUUAUAUCACUUAUAUCAUCGUUAUUUUCAUUAUUAUUUCUUAUUAUUAUAAUAAUACAAUAUAAUGGAAAUCGUCUUACUGAACCAUUAGAAUUUUUUGAAGCUAUGCGUCGUCAUUAUUCUCGUAUACAGAUUUAUACAUUUUCAAAAGAUUUAGAAAUAAUUAUUCAACAAAUUGAAAAUGCUUUAAAUAUACGUAUAGGUGCAUCAUAUAUAUGUAUAUUAAUUGCAUUAAUAUUAACAUUAGUUUCAUUUUUAACAUCAAUAACAGUUGAAAUAAAAGUUUCAUCAACAUCAUCAUUAACAUUAAAUGAUGAUGAUGACAAGAAAAAUGAUCAUUGGCAAAAUCAUAAGAUUCAUGCACCAAUACGGCCAAAGCCAGCAGAACGUAUUAUACCAUCGGAACGGUUAGUACGAUCAGAACGUUUUUUAUCGCCAGAACGUUUUAUACCAUCGGAACAAAUUCGAUUUACACGACAAACAAAAGUUUAA